CUGUGAUCAGAGAUGGCGGGCGCCUCCGACCCCCUGGAAGAUAUGCUCUUUUCAGAGGUGGAUGAAAAAGCUGUGAGCGACCUAGUGGGCUCGUUGGAGUCACAGCUUGCCGGCCAAAGCAACACAGCAGGUAAAACAGACGAAAACGGAGGCGCUGGCUCAGUGCCCCCCGCUAACCAUCACUUAGGAAAAACGCUACCAGCUCCUGUGGGCACCACAACACUAGAACAACAACAACAAGGACGCCGUAAUAAACCUGAGAUGCGCCAGGAGAUCAACUCUAAAGACGUCAGCCUGGAUAAAACUGUCACAUCUUCCUCUCUUGGCUGUAGCCCUUCUUUUGGCGAGCCCUCCACCACUUCGGCUGCCUGUGUGAACGCCACUAGCAGCGGCUCGCUAUCACAUGGAGCAUCCAUCACAACACUGACUGCAUCUGGUGUGUCAACUUUGGCAUCCACGCCAGCCAGCAUCAGCACCGCGGCCAGCCGGGGGUCUAAGGUUUGCUCGGGCACAGGGGAGGCGUCGGCGGAAGCUCACCCGCCGAGAAAACGCAUCACCACGCCGCGGAGGAGCGCUUCGGCUCGGAUAAAGAGUUUGAACGGCGCCGCUGUAACGACGAGGAGGAGCAGCAACACAGCUGAAAACGUUAGCUCUGUGGACACCAGUGCAGCGACACCUAACUCUACUCGACCGGUGACCUCUUCUAUUAACACCUCGACUUUCACCCUGUCAAACGCUAACCUUCCUUCAGGUCAGUCGGCUAUUGCUCUGGACCGGGGGACUCCUACCAUUGCUUUGCAUAGACUCCCCAGUCACAUUGUAGCGAGCAUAGCCCAGAACGGUAACGGGACCAGUGUUUCGGCCUUGGUCCAGCAGGGCGCUCGCAUAGGACCUAUCAACGCCUCAGCUCCACUGGGGAACAAAACACUCACAGAAACCGGGGCUUCCAAAACAGACGAUUGUCAGUCCAAAAUUGUAAUGUCAAGCCAGUCUGGUAGUGUCAACUCUGUAAUAAACACUGUUUCCUCUGCGCCUUCUGUUGUCACACCAACAACUACAGCAGCAGCAGCAACAACCACAUCAGUGACCCAGCCUCUGAGCUCUGCUCCAGCUGCUGCUUGUGUGACAGCGAGUUCUGUAUGUGCAACUGGUCAAACUACAACAGUGACUACUACUAUCAGCAUGGUCAGGCCCACAGCCCCCUCUCCAACACCUGCUGUGGCCACCUCUGCACAGACGCAACCCCGUCCUGGACUUACUGCACCUCAAAGGAUCGUAGCCCCCCAGCUGAUUGUCAGACCACCUCAGCAGCAGACGACCAUUCAGCUGCCCCCAGGGUUUACCAUCCCACCGGGGAUGGUGUUGGUACGCACUGAGUUGGGACAGCUAGUGAUGGUUCCUCAGCAGGCUUUGGCUCAGGCUCAGGCUCAAGCUCAGGCUCAGGCCCAGAACAACAUCUCUCCACGACCUGCCACUCCCACAACAGGAGCAUCCUUCAGAGUAACAACUCCUCAGAAGGGCCCCGUGGCACCGGCCGUGGCUGUGACGGCUCCGCAGCAGACCCCUGUGGUUAUGGCCCCCCAGGCCCAGGCCCAGGCUGCCUCCCAGCCAGUGCAGCCUCCGCAGACGGGCAUCACCGCGAACCCCGGAGGUCCUGUCGUGUCCCAGGAAAUGCAAGAGAAUGUGAAGAAGUGUAAGAAUUUCCUGGCUACACUCAUCAAGCUGGCGUCUCACAACUCUCCGUCACCUGAGACUUCCAAGAACGUCAAAGCUUUGGUUCAGGACCUGCUGGAUGCCAAGAUUGAACCGGAGGAGUUCACCAGCCGGCUACAGACUGAGCUGAAGUCCUCUCCGCAGCCUUACCUGGUGCCCUUUCUCAAGAAGAGCCUCCCGGCCCUGAGGCUGUCUUUGCUGAAUAGUCAGCAGUCCCUGACCCAGCCUCCGCAGCAGGGAGUCAAACCAGCACCCGGCGGCCCCCCUCCUGCCAUCGUAGCUGGGCCAGCUGUCCGCAUACGCCACCCUAACAGCGUCAGCAUCACUACGGGUGCCAGUGCACUGCCCGCUGGGACACUCGGACAUGCAGCUGGCAUGGGUAUCAAGACAGCAGGCACUGUCGGUGGCCAGGUCCGGAUGCCCGUGGUAAUCACACAGUCUGUCAGAGCGCAAGGCACGAUGGGGAAGGGAGGCAUCAUCCAAGCAGGCAAAGGUCCCGUGGGCCUGGCUGUUCAGAUCUCUGGGAAUCAGAAAAACAAGCUCAACGACCCCGGAGGAGGUUCUUUCAGGGAUGAUGAUGACAUCAAUGACGUUGCCUCCAUGGCCGGGGUGAACUUGAAUGAGGAGAGCGCAAGAAUACUCGCCACCAACUCUGAACUAGUGGGAACGCAGAUCCGCUCAUGCAAAGACGAGGCCUUUCUCCAUCCGGGACUGCUCCAUCGACGAAUUCUGGAAACAGCAAAGAAGUUUGGAGUCACGGAGGUCCCUAUGGAGGCAGUGACAUUCAUCUCGCACGCCACACAGUCUCGACUUCGAACUGUGGUCGAAAAGGUUUCUGCCAUCGCACAACACCGACUGGACUCUUGUAAGGAUGAUGAGUGUUACGAGCAGUCCGCAGACGUUCGCUCUCAGCUUCGCUUCUUCGAGCAGCUGGAGAGAAUGGAGAAGCAGAGGAAGGACGAGCAGGAGAGAGAGAUCCUGUUGAAAGCCGCUAAAAGUCGCUCCAGGCAAGAGGACCCAGAGCAAGCUCGACUGAAACAGAAAGCUAAGGAGAUGCAACAACAGGAACUGGCUCAGAUGAGGCAGCGAGAUGCCAACCUUACAGCACUAGCCGCCAUCGGACCCCGCAAAAAACGCAAAGUGGAUUCACCAGGGGCCACCCCAUCAGGGACCGAGGUUUCAGGCAGCACAGCGGGCUCCCUGGCCAGCUCCUCCACCCCGUCCACCUCAUCGCGCCAGUACACACGGCAACGCAUCACUCGCGUCAACCUCAGGGACUUAAUUUUCUACAUGGAGCAGGAGAGAGAGACCGCCCACUCCCUCCUCCUUUACCGUGCCCUGCUCAAGUAGCCUCUGCUCCGCUCAGCGCCCACCUCAACCUCCUCCUCCUUCCCAGCCACGUGCCUUCAGAUCAGGUCUAAAUGUUUCAGCUCUGUGUCUCCAUAUGUACUGUAGUGACGUUUGAUGUAGCUUUUAAUAAGAAGAAAGAGAAAGAGAGAGAGAGAGAGAGAAAAAAACACAAAAAUAAAACUAUUUUGGUUUAUUCUCUAUUUAGAUUCACGGUGUGUAGUUAGAUCAUUCAGUUUAAAGGCCAUAUCAAACUCUUUGUGUUCGAUUUUUUUUAAAGGAACAAAGUGGUUUUGGUGUCGCAGGACUUGACCCAGAGCUUGUUCCAUGUAUGUCAGGUAGCUAUUUAUUUGACGGCAGUAGCUUCAAUAAACCACCUCAAAGUAAGGAUUAUUUUGGCAAAGAGAAUUAUGUUCACACCUCGAUACAGCCUACGAUAUUCUCCAUGAGCUAUUUGUUGAACGCAGUUCAAUGAAUGUAGUUUAGCUGAACUCAAUUAAUGAGAGACUUUACUGGUUUCUAUACCGAGACAUCGUUAUGAAACAUUAGGAUUCCAAAUAACAGCAUCACGUUCAAUUUCCCCACCGUAUGUGUAAAUAGUUCUUAUUGAAUUAUUUUACAGCAUGUAUAUUUUUAUCACAUGUAAGCUUUGUAAGAAAAGGAAUAACCCAUGUGUCGAUAUUAUGAAACCUGAUGUUUUGUAAAACCAUGUGCUUUGAAUGAGUCAGAAUUAGAAAGUUUAUUCUGUUCGCCUGUAGAGUAUUUGUUAUAAGGCAGGGUCCUCAUGACCCUUCUGCAAAGGUCAUUAGACAAAAUCAUGAUAGCACGAUGAAGCCAGUUUUUGAUUGGUCACCUUCUCAGUGUUUUUUUUUUUUGUUGUUGUUGUUUUUUUUUACCAGCCCCAACGUGAACUUUGUUUUUAUAAAUGUUUGUACGUUGUGUUCACCUCAUGCUCAUGCUCACCUCAAAUAUGUAAUAUUGUAGGUUGGGUGGUGACUGGGGAGAGUGAAACCUCGGAACAAAACAUUCCUUCAUUUUUUUUCCUCUCUGUUUUAUUCGUGCAUUAAUGAUAUUUUAAAAAAAGAAAGAAAAAAAAGUACAGUUUCAAAAUAUUCUCAAUUUUGCUGGUUGCCCCCCCUCAGCCCCAACCUACAUGGAUAAUGACUGAAAGACAAAAGCACUUACACCUGAUUUUGACCCAAAAUUAGAUCUUACAGCUGUAAAGUAAUGUAAAACUAUAGAAUGAAGCAGCCUAAAAUUAAUUUCUACAUUUUUCCCAUAUUGUUUCUGUGUUUGUAUCACAGAUUGAAGAGAGGAAUGGGAUAAACGCCUGCUUUUUAUAUGUCGUAUUGCAUUGUCGCCUUUUUGUUGUUGUUUUUUACAAAUCCUUAUUGAGUCAUGUAAUAUUGUCCAAUGUGUAUUUCUGUUUGUUUUUUUCUAUUUAACUAAAUAUCUUGGCCUCUAUGCAGCUUCUCUUGUCAUAUUGAAAUUUAUUUAAAUAUUGGUGACAUUUGGAACAAUUGUUGUGCAUUGUACAUUUGGACAGCACUUUUUUUUAUAUCUAUUUUAUCUGACAACUGAAAGCUGUCACUGUAUUAUAGCAAAGAAAUGACUCUUUUAAGUAGUAAACAGUAUUGCCAACUUCUGUCUAAAGACAGUUAUUUUUAACAAUUAAUAUAUUUUCAUUUUCUUUUUUUGUUUGGGAUUGGCUUUUAUGCGCAACACAUUUU